AUUAUUGAGUGAAAUAAUGAUGUGAUGUGGGUUUGAACAGAAUCUCUGAAAUGGUCCAAAUCACCACAAACCACCACAACUCUAUUUCCCUUCCAUCGUCCUCUUCCUCCUCUCAGCGCUUCAAACACUGCAACACCGUCACAUUUUCCAUUCCCCAUUGACGCUAACUUUGGUUCCUCCGUUCCUACCCCCUCUCUUCCGCCUCAGAUGCAGACUCUCCCUCCCAUCUCUUGCAUCAGAGGUUCCUUCUGCUGCUCAUGGAUUUCCCUCCCGCGUUCAAUUUCUUCACCCAUUUUGGAUGUGGCUUCGUUCUUCUCCGCUCCCUCUAUCGCAUCCUUAACUUCCUCGGCCUAUUUUUGAUGUGCACCUUUUGCUUCAAGGUUUUCCGCUUUUGGUGGCAUUCCAAGGCCGCAAUUCGUUUCCUCUGCGAUUCCGGAGGCAUACCCAGAAUUCGUUUUUGCUUCCACAACCUUGUUUUCCAAGUAUCUAACUCAAAGGCGACACCUUUGGAAAAAGGGCGUGACCCCAAUUCGAAAUCCUCCGUUAAAAAGGGUUCUAAUGUUGUUGGGGAGAAAGGGAAUGCGAAUUCCGAAGAUGGGUCGGAGGGGAAGGGUGAGAUUGAGAGAGAAGGGUGUAAUGAGGAUGAGGUGUUUGACGUAAAGACGCUCAGAAAACUCGUGAAGAUUGAGAGGAAGAAAGCCAAUGCAGCUUGUGCAGAGCUUGAGAAGGAGAGGACGGCGGCUGCGUCAUCGGCGGAGGAGGCAAUGGCGAUGAUUUUGCGGCUUCAGAGAGAGAAGAGCACGGCGGAAAUUCAAGCCACUCAAUUCAGGAGAAUGGCUGAAGAGAAGCUGGAUUAUGAUCAGGAAAUGAUUGAGUCGUUGCAGUGGACGAUCACGGAUCACGAGACUCAGAAGUGUUCGUUGGAAGAUCAAUUGGAGAUUUAUAGGGAGGAACUGAAGCAAUUCAUGAAGGAUGAGGAAAUAGACCAAAUGGAAGAUGAGGUGAGUAGGGGUUUUGGAUAUGAUGAUGAUAAUCCUGAUGGUCCAGAUUAUCCUAAUGAUCCAGAUGAUCAAGUAGUUAGCUCUCCUGAAACCGAACCACAGACCUUGUAAAUUCUCAAGGUUGUUAUAUAGAAAUGUCUUUACAUCAGUUUUUCUCUCACCUCUUUUGGUUUCUCUGUGUAAAUUGUAUUUAUCCAUAAUUUAAUUAAUAAUAAUGUCAAAGGCCUAUAUAUAUUCUUUUCAUUUUUAUCUUUUGCGUGCUGGAUUGGGCUCAACUUUCAGGUUAACUAGUGUAGGUGUGGUGGAAUUUAAUUAAGCACUUAAUGUUGCUUGGAUCCUGAUGCUUGUAAUUUA